AUGUCGGCAUCGCAGACACCGGAGCCGAGCACUGAGCGCACACUCAGGAGCACCACCGCACGCAACCCGCGACGAAGACAACGACAGAGUGAUGCGGAUAGUCUGAAGACGGCACCGAGGAGGAAAAGAAGCAAGCUCAGUGAGGAGACAUAUGCGCCGAGACCAUCGAUAGAGAGACCUGAAGAAGCGAAUGAGGCAGUGCAUAAUGUGGUCGGUACUGGACACCCUCGAGGCAGCCGGGGCACGCGAGGUCGAGGCAGAAAAGAGAGCACACCUGUUUAUGACCUAGACUUACCAGUGCGCGGCGGACGAAAGACUGGAACGCUCAAGCAUCGGUCGUUGAAAGGCGAUGGCGCGACAGUGUUGACACAGAACAAAAUCUACAGUGCAAAGCUUCUGCCAUCAACCCCGAAAGAGCUGCGAAAGGAUGGCCUCAAGUAUCGCGGGAGUAUUUUGGCUCCGACGCAAACCUCGCAUCAGCAUCUGGCAUUGGCUGUGACGCGCGAGAAGGCUUAUGUCUGGGACUACAACGCACACACGACUGUCAGCAACGCUCGGGUGUUCGAUGUGCCAUUCCCGGCUAGAGCUAGCGAGACACUACCCUUCGGGGCUCUGGUGCCAGGGACAGCUGGUGCCGAUGUUGGAUUGGUGUUGAUCUCUGCGACAAGCGGUAGAGUCACCUUCUUCGAGUCCAUCGAGCGCGCAGCUUCUCUUGGUCUCUUUCAGGAACGAAGAGCUGGUGUCGAAGGGACCAUCACUGGCUUCUCACUCACUGAGAGCGUCGUCGAUGUGACGCCCGCGGAACAUGCUGGCUUCAUCCUUACACUUUCAUCUGGCCGGAUCGUACAGCUCACGUUACGUGACGCUCAAGGCAAGGCUAGGAUCUUCACUCAACCUCUUCGCGCUGAAGACUCCAACAUUGGUCUUUUUGGUAGUAUCAAGGGCUGGUAUGCUGGCUCCUGGAAGAGAGAUGUCGCGGCUGUGCGGACAAGAGCUUUGGAUACUAGAGGUCAGAUGCAGGUUAUGUCAGUGACGGAGCGCUGCGAGCUACAGAUAUGGGACGUGGACUGGACUGGACGAUACGAUUUCAAGGCUACAGUAGAUUUCCGAGCAGCGUUGGCUGAUGAGAUGAAGAACUUCAUGGCGGCAGAAUUGCAGGGCAGCAUAGACAGCUUGACUGCGCUCGACUUCGUUAUUGCGGAUAAGGAGCCAGCGGCUAAGGGCAACGAGAUCGCAACGAUCGGCGCUACACGGCCGGCACAUCUCUGGCUGUUACUUUGCAUGGGACCACCAAACAGUCGAGACUACUACCUUGCACAACUCUAUAUGGUUGCCGACGACAUCAAGAUCGCUCGUUUAUCUAGCAUCGAGAGCUAUCGUGCUAUAGCGACAACCGAGAGACCUAGGCUUUUGGUUCCAGGCCCUGGCCACACAGUGUACAUUGCGUUUGGGGACGCUUUGGUUCUGGCAGCAGUACCAAGUCAAGACACCACGGACGACCCCAACGCACAAUUGCACGAAGCAUCGUAUGUCGCACCUGAUUCCUUCGAAGACGCUGUGUACCUGCAAGGCGACCGCAAUCUUGCUGUACUCGAUGCUGCCAGCGACGACUCGCGAAACGGCCAUUCCUCUAUUCUUGCAUUUGUCAAGAGUGCCGGACUCGUGCGACUAACCGCGAAUGACCCUAGUAGAGAUGUGGAGCGCUCACGCAUGCCUGUCAAGAGCAAGAUCGAGCAGGCUGUAUUCUUCGGCGCCAUGCAAGAGAAUAUUCUAGACUUUACUCAGCGAACAGACAACGCGUACACAGCUGAAGAAGUCGAGGCUGCUGCUCUGGAGGUGAGCAAUGAGAUCCUGUGCUCGACUUCUGCAUUCAUAUCGACAUCGCCUACGGUAAUGGAUGCUCAUCUAGACAACAAGGCCAAAGCAUUGCGUGCACUUAUCGCGCACAUUCGCCGAAGCUGUCCGAGUCUGCCCUUGUCUGGAUUAUGGCGACUCUUAUGGGACGCAGAGAAAGUUGCAGCUGCUCAAGCAAUCUGGAAGGUCUACGAAUCAAACAGACCCGCUGAGGCUGACAGGCCUCCAAAUGCCUUGGAUCGACUGUGCGAGUACUUUGAAGCUGUCAAGGACCGGAGUCAACGCGCCAAUGCCGUUGACGAGGAUCUCGUGCGUGCAACACUUAUUUAUGAUCUUGCCAACAUCGAUACACUUUUGGUGCAAACACGGCGUAUGCUCGAAGAUCUAAUGAAGAACAAAUCAGACCCUCCCGAAGAAGUGUUGCAGUACGUUCUCGAGAUUGGUGAGGUCUGGGCGACAGCUCUUGGGACCGUAUACGCCUUCCGUGCUGAGAAUGCACAUGUCUAUGGUAUCGAGGCCAAUUUCGUGGGAGAUGGUGUUCUCAGCAAAAGCUCGGAUUAUGCAGGGCUUCCUGGCUUCUGGACCUCCUCCGACGAUAUGCUUCGCUGCAGUCGCAGGAUACCGACUUACUCCCGCGAUCUGGCGAAGAGUCACUACGAGACCGACGUAGUACCUUCAGAUCUCAUCAAGCAGGUCACAGACGCCAAUCCGGGCCUCAUACACAUCUGUUGCUUGGCAUGCCAGGAGCGCAUCAAGUUUAUGGCUGCGCGACCGUCACAGCUAGACCAACAGGCUGCACAGGAUUUGCAGCAGUCCUACGACCAUGAACGUCAUGUACAAUUCAGGGCCUUGGCUAGCAUCGGUGCUGCUGAAGCAGGCAUGCAACUGGCUGAGAAGUAUAGAGACAUGCAGACUUUGACGGAAUUGGUAGUCGGCGAAACACAAUACUAUGAAGACGAGCUCGAAGCAAAUCCUCACAUGACUGUCGCGGAGCGCGAGGUCUGCGACGAGAUGAUGAACCAGAUGAUUGAACGCAUUGGACGGUACUUCGACAAAUUCGGUGAGGAAUGGGCGAACGCUUUCUUCGACGAGGCGCUUUCGGGCAGUCGUGCGGGCGAGAUGCUCGGCGAGGCGCAGGAGAAGUGGAAACAGGCGCUGACUAGAUAUCUGCGCGCUGAUCCUAGUCGUGCCAAGAUCUGCUGGAUCAACGAUAUCACCACUGUCGAGGACUAUACUCAAGCUGGCGUCGUGCUUAACGAUAUGGCUGUGGAGCGAGAGACGGACAUGUGGGCUAAGAAGGUCGAAGCUAGUAUGAGUAAGCUUGCUCUCCUCGCUGCACAAGAGGGCCUUAGCCAGCUGGAUCAAAGUUUAGAGGCGGCAGUCGCUCAGCCAGAGCGCGAGUUGCGUAUCGUGGACAUUCAAGCCAGACUGUACGGUCACGUGGCCUCUCAAGGCACGAAUGCACUGGAUAAGGAAGCCGAGAUCAAACUGGUGAUGGAGACUCUAGGCAAUGACUCGUUUAGACUCUCCUCGCUCCAAUACUUGCUGCGAACGCUCGUCGAACGUGUGCUACAGCACGAAGUUCUCAGCCUGGACGAGCUCAUCGACGCUUUGACUCUGAUGAAUACACUCAUCCUAGAUGACCACGAACGACCAGACACCAACCUCGACGGUGCCGAAUUCUUCCUCGCAUUGCAAGCCCUCGACGCCGCAGCAUCAACGCUAGAACAGUCCCAUUUCGAACUCUUACUUCAAUUGAUCUGGAAGCGGUGCUACACGCACGACGACUGGAAACCCAUCAUCGCUGCUCAUAAGAAGAAAGGCAAUGCUGAGAGCCAGGCAAUGCUGCGUGACACUGCCGCUUGGCUUACAAUCCACAGUCUUCACGACAAAGCCCUCCUCGCGCAAUCGGACUGCAACAUCCGAAUUCUUGAGCCAUCAGAGUGUUUGGACGCCGGAUGCAGAGCUGAACAUCUCGCUCAUCGUUUCUCUGACCGCGACUUGCUGGAUCCGAUCUUGGCGGACAAUGUGAUGCAAGAUGAGACACUGCAGAAUUUGGUCGCCGACCAUGCGCUGGACGACUGGAUCAAAAAAUGUGAAGCGGAUGCUAAGAGCGCGGUUGAGGCGGAUACGGAGGAAAAGGCAUAUUGGAAUGAGAAGGAGCGCGAGCUCGCGAAAGAUGUUGGGACGGCAGGGAAGAAGGUUGCUAAGGCGAAUGGGCAUGUCAAUGGCGUUUUUAAGAAGGCUGGCCAGGCUGAGCAGGCUAUGGAUGGGGAUGGCGAUGUCAGUAUGGGUUAG